AUGAGAUUCUCGUCUUCUCCAAAUCUAAAGCGGGACAUGAGGUCCAUGUAAGGCAGAUCCUGCAGCGCCUACUGGACAAUAGGCUCUUUGUUAAAGGAGAGAAAUGCGACUUCCACAUGGAUUCAGUGGCAUUUGUGGGCUACAUCAUCACCAGAGGGGAUUUGAAACCUGACCCGGCAAAAGUUCAGGCAGUGUUGGACUGGCCCAAACCACCCGAUCGCCGGCAGCUUCAGCGCCUUCUGGGGUUUGCUAACUUCUACAGACGUUUCAUCAGGGAUUUUAGUAAAGUUGCUCUGCCUCUCACUAGGUUAACGUCACCCAAGGUGCCAUUCCAAUGGGACCUGCUGGCUCAGGAAGUCUUCUCUUGCCUCAAGGAACAGUUCGCCACCGCCCCAAUCCUUCGCCAGCCAGACCUCUCCCUGCAGUUCAUCGUGGAGGUGGAUGCAUGA